AUGUUCCCCUGCAGCGCUCUCCCGCCAUCCUUCUAUCAAAAUGUCCUGCGUCCGACCCCGGCUCUCUCGGCGCCCCUCAGCCGCUCUCUGCCUUCAGGCUUCCUCGUGGAGGACCUCCUGAGACUAAGAGAGCCUGUCAGCUACCUGCACCGCACACUUUCCAGUAGGACACCCUGCGAUCUCUUCUCCGUAAACCCGGGCUGUUUGGGCGCAUCUCCUCGUGCGACAGCACCCAGAGAGCGCGCUCUGCCCCCGGGACACUCCAGCCCAGGAUCUCCACACACCGGCUGUGCCGAGUCUUCACACCUCAAGUUCGGUGUCAGCGCAAUCCUGGCCCCCUCCACGCGCAGCAGUGAUCUACAGCCCAAAUCCUUCCCUCUGCCAUUCUUUGAUGGAAGCCUUCAUCCGUUCAUCACAGCCUCUUAUUUCACAGGUUCCUCCCCCAUAGUGCCUGUCCCGGGGACGUUCUCGUGGCCCCUGGCUCCAAGGGGGAAGCCCAGGAGAGGGAUGCUCCGACGGGCUGUGUUCUCCGAUCUGCAGAGAAAGGCCCUGGAGAGGACCUUCCAAAAACAAAAGUACAUCAGCAAACCGGACCGAAAGAAGCUGGCCAGCAAACUGGGCCUGAAAGACUCACAGGUGAAGAUCUGGUUCCAGAAUCGACGAAUGAAGUGGAGAAACUCAAAAGAGAGGGAGCUUUUGUCCACGGGGGGCUGCCGGCAGCAGACCCUCCCCACAAAAACGAACCCUCACCCGGAUCUUACCGACGUCAGUCCAACGUACUGCCCCCCUCUGGACAGGCCUGGUACUGACAAUCAGCAAAGACCGCUAUCUCCACAGAACAGCAAACAGACUGAGCUGUAUGAGUCAGACUCAGAAGAAAUCAACGUGUCAUAA